AUGCCUUCAGGGGCAGGAGAACCUGCCCGGGUGCAGUGCCAGGGGCUCGCUCGGCUGGUUUUGCAGGUUAAACCCUGCGCGAGAUGGGGCAGGGACACCCAGUCCUUUGUCACUCAGAUGUACCUGAGCACCAGUUGCACUGCCUGGAAGGAAACACGUUGUCUCGGGGUGGCACAGGAGCGCUGGGGCAUUGAUGGGCAGAGGACAUGCACAAGCCUUCAGCGGGAGAGUGCUGUGGGGGGAAUAUCCAGCUCUACCAAGGAAUCUCUGUUUUCACGAAAUACAACACUGAUUUCACCAGUAAUCAUUUCACAGAUGACUGAUGAGAAUAAACCCAAAGAAAAUCAGCCUACUUUGCCUAUGCAGCCCCUGAUCCCCCAGCCCAGUGCUUAUCACACGAAGCAAUCUUUGGCUAACCAUGGGCCAGUCAACGUUCACAGAGCACUUUUGGUACUUCCCAGCAGAUUAGAGAUUCAGGUAUCUUUACAAGACACCAUGGCACCACUGGACUCUGCUAUCAAGGAGGAAAAACGGUGUCCAAGCCAGCAGAAAGGCUUUGCCUCCAUAACUGUUACAGCCAGGCGUGUUGCUGUGCACUCUGGUGACCCAGCCUGUGGCCCUGGGGCUGUGCAAGAGCCCAGCAUCAUGUCCACCACCUCCAGCAAAGUCUCUGUUGCCUUCCGUCGCUGGCAUCCACCAGCUCACACAAAGCAACAUACCUCUCCAUUAAAGACUUCUGCAUCUUGCUCAAAACUAGCUGAAGAGCCACGAAAGCAGCUUUUUGACCCUGGAAUCAAGGAGAAUGGUGUUGGCCUCCAGAGCAGUGAUGGGAGGGAGAAAGCACCACCUUCCUUCAUCUCACGUGUCCACUUCCAGGUUUCUCAGCGGUGCCCAAAGAGCAUCUAUUAUUUAGACAAGUCACUCAAUGUGUGCAUUGCUCAACCUCGAAUUAAAUGCCAAAAGAUGUAUAGAUCCACGUUGUCCUUCCCUCUAAAGUGCAGUUUUCCUAGAUUAACAGCAGAUGGAGUAGAUGGCAUAGCUAAUGGAAAGCCCAUCGAGGACAUAGCUCAAAGCAAGCUCCUAGGAGCAAGCAAGACUCCACUCAGGUCACACUUGAGUGCAGACUUCCCACAAAAUAGGGUAAUUAAUAAAAGGGGAGCAAAGGAAGGCUAUUUGGGUGGUAAAUACCCUUUGCCAAGUGUCUUUAUCUCAGAACUUCCAGCGCUUGUGGAUGUACCCAGAGGACCUAAUACCAUAGUAGCAACAAAGAGAGAAGAUGAUGAGCAGUCUGGCCGCUAUCACACUGUGCUUGCUCUCCAGCUUCCUAAGUCAAGUGAUGAGGCAG